AUAAAAAAUACCGUAAAAAUAUAAUUGGUUGAACAGUUUUAAAUAAAGUUAAAAUUAAUCUUGAAUAAAAUACGCAUUUUAAAAUAUUAUCUAUAUUAAAAGAAACGAAAGGAAUAAUUAUUAGGGCACAAACACACAAGUUGCAACCAGUGACGUCGGAUGAGUCACAUCAAUCAAUCUACAACAGCACUGGAUCGCUCAGCUGCGAUGGUCUGAUUUGCCUCACUGUUUAUGUGUGGGAACUUUCUAUUCCGUAAACCAAUGGUGUCAUCUGUAAUUUAUAUUUUGUUCUAGAAUAAAAUAAUAUUAUUCACUAGGUCUUCCGUAUAUGGGCCUUUUAACCAAGCCCAUUAAAGUAAACAAAAUGGACACAUUUUAGGUGGAGUUAUAGGCCAUCUUGAACGUAAAUGAGGCAGCGAGUCUGCGGUCAUUUAUCCACGUGACUGAUAUUAAUUGGUUAGAUUUGUGAGAGACUUAGUCCUGAUUGGUUAAGCAUUGCAAUGUACACGUAAUCUCGUCACUGGGGGUUCGAAUCCUAAAAUGUGUUUUGGAAUCCUUCCUUCUGAGAAAGAGGGAAGUGACAGAUUCGAGUUAUGGAAUCUCAGAUUGGUGUAACCGUAAGGGUUGAAAGGCCUUGGGAGAGUAGAGUAGGAUCCUCUUCUGAUUUCCGUUUCCAAUGGCGACUCGGUGGUCAGAGCUAUGUAUCGUCUUGUUCGCACUCUCUUACGCCAUCUGCGUCAUUGCAGGGAAGAGCUACUACGAUGUGCUGCAAGUGCCGAAAGGUGCCUCUGACGAACAGAUCAAGAGAGCUUAUAGGAAACUCGCUUUGAAGUAUCAUCCCGAUAAGAAUCCGGGAAACGACGAAGCCACUCGCAAAUUCGCUGACAUCAACAACGCUUAUGAAGUGCUGUCGGAUGAGGAGAAGAGGGAGAUUUAUAACAAGUAUGGUGAAGAAGGUCUUAAACAGCAUGCUGCUAAUGGUGGACGUGGUGGUGGAGGAGGCAUGAACAUGCAGGACAUCUUUAGCCAGUUCUUUGGUGGUGGUGGUUCGAUGGAGGAAGAAGAGAAGGUUGUCAAGGGUGAUGACGUCAUUGUCGAACUUGAGGCCACUCUUGAAGAUUUGUACAUGGGAGGCUCUAUGAAGGUAUGGAGGGAGAAGAAUGUUAUAAAACCAGCUCCUGGAAAGAGAAAGUGCAACUGCAGGGAUGAGGUUUAUCACAGGCAAAUUGGUCCUGGAAUGUUCCAACAGAUGACCGAGCAGGUCUGUGACAAAUGCCCAAAUGUUAAGUUCGAACGGGAAGGAUACUUUGUCACAGUUGAUAUUGAGAAAGGAAUGAAAGACGGAGAAGAAGUGUCUUUCUACGAAGAUGGUGAACCUAUUCUCGAUGGUGAACCUGGUGACCUUAAGUUCCGAAUCAAAACUGCACCACAUGCCCGUUUCAGGAGAGAUGGCAACGAUCUACACAUGACCGUCAACAUUACACUGGUUGAGGCGCUAGUUGGGUUUGAGAAAUCAUUCAAACACUUGGAUGAGCACGAAGUUGACAUCAGUUCCAAGGGAAUUACAAAGCCCAAGGAAGUGAAGAAGUUCAAAGGAGAAGGAAUGCCACUUCACUUCAGCACAAAGAAAGGCAACCUCUUCGUCACUUUCGAGGUUUUGUUCCCUUCUUCUCUCACUGAGGAUCAGAAGAAAAAGAUUAAAGAAGUCUUGGCUUGAAACUACUAUCUCUCUGGAAAUUUGAAAUUUGGGGUUUAAAUAGAACUUUGAUGAUCUUUUUAUGUAACACGACUAGGUUUUAAUAUAGAAAAAAGGGGAGAGAAAAAGGAAGAUGAGAAAAGCCACAAGGAGGUUUUGUUUAUAUAUAUCUUUUGGUUUUGUUGAUCAAAUUAGUGCAUUUUUAUGAUUCAUCUAAACCUUGGAUUAUUCAGUAUCAGAAAUUGAAGUAUCUCACAUCACAUGAUCAUACAACAGUAACAAAUGUCUGGUUUUCAUAGAAAACUAAUGCAAAAAAUUAAAAAAUUUAGUAUGUUGUUUCAUUUUAAAAUAAAGGGGAUUUGCACUAGAUAGCAAAAAUAUAGGAGAUAAUUAGGUAGAUGGGUAAGACACUGUAUUUUUUUAGGUAAUACCAAGACAGUCCUUAUUUCUACAGGAAAAGCAAAGUACAGUAUCUGUUACACGUCAGACGUGAUUACUUAAAACAGACGGUUGCCCACAAAAAGUGUCAAUAAUGCAAAGAAUUAAGACUUUCUUUCUCUUUUAUGCAAAAAAAAAACUAAAGGGAUCUGUAAUAAUAUUAUUCCCCAAAUCGAUCUCAAUUCCCAGUUCCUCCAAACAACCUACGGGAGUAGGUGAGUACGAGUACGGCAAGUAGCAUCAGUCUCAUCCUCAAAUCAUAUGGAUUCCGAGUCACCGACAUUAAAAUUGGUCUCUUUUCUCUCCUUAUUACAAUAACCUUUGUUGUUUCUUUCAUGUGUGUAAUAACGAACAUGUGUUCUGUUUCUUAUGUUUUCUUCAAGCACAGUUUGUUUCUUUUCUUUCAUUUUUGCUUUUGAUUUUUUUUCUUCCAAUGAAAAAGAAAGUUUCAGAUUCAAUUCCCGGUUCCUCCAAACAACCUAGGGAGUAGGUGACUACGAGAAUCGUAAGAUUAGAGAAAAAAUGUUGGCAAAUCUCAGCCAUUACUCAUCUCCACCGGGUUCACCUAACGAAGUCCCUGUAAGUCGACAAAAAUAAUAUUCAGACAAUUAUACUCGAAUCCAGUUUCUAUACUUUGUACAUGGUUUUAUGUAUAUACUCAAAUCCGGUUUCUAUUAGUUGUACCCGGUUUUUAUGUAUAGGCAACUACGGUUUCUCCUCUUCGAAAAUAUCUUAUCCUCACCGAAAAUAUCUUCUCCUCUUCUCUUCACUUCUCCUCUCUAAAAAUAUCUUACAACUCUUCUCUCACCAAUUUGGAAAAAUAUAACUGAUUUUGUACACUUAUUUACUUUUUCAAUCGGUUCAAAAAUAAAACUAAUAAAUAAUCAUAACUGUCAGUUGCAGGUUACUUGUAAAAUAUAUCAAAACUCUUCUCUCUUUAAUUUUUAUAGAUACAUCCGGUUGCAAUAACUAAUAUCAUAGUUUUAAAAGAAUGUAGCCGGUUUCGCUAAGUGUAUUGCGUUUUGAAUACAAAUUUAAUUAUUUGCGAGUAACCCGGGUAACAGGUAACGAGGAAGGUGUGGGUAAAGGAGAUAAUUGGCAACUCAUGGAAAAAUUGUCAUGGUUCGCCAAUUAUUAAAAAGUUUGCAUAGAUCUGCAAUUACCAUGCUGAAUUUUGAUUUCUAGCUAAAUAGGCCUAAAAUAAAUUAACAAAAACAGGUUAAUAUAUGCUUUAUUUUUCACCAGCUCUUGUGCUCGCACCAGAUGAUCUUUAAUCUUCUUCAGAACAUGAUUCUUUUCCUUUUAACAUUUCUUCCAACUCAAAGUUCUUGGUGGAACCAUAUUCAAACUGCAGUAACUGUGGUGGUUCUCGGCCAUACACCACUUUAAAAGGAUUUCUGCAGCGACGUAUGGUAUGAUGUAUUGUACCAUAGUUGAACCCAAUGCAAGAACCGUUGCCAUGACUUGGGAUGUGUUGAAGUAAAACAUCUGAGGUAAGUCUACUUAUAGUGAUGUAAUCAUCAAAACAAAGCAAAUCGAAAUAUUAAUAUUAUAACCGUAAAACCUACUCUACUUAUAGUGAUGUAAUCAUCACGUCUUCAUUUAACCAACGAGAGUCGCAUAUAUUUUUAAAAACCAUAUUAUAGUACUAUAGUAGACUUUGGCUAUAGUUAAUGGUAGUUAUAUAUAUUUCAUCAAUCUAACUUAUGAAUUGUGUGUUGGACAUUGCUUUCCUGUGGAAAAUUUCAGAAAAAAAAAACUCAAAAUUUAAAAAUAAAGCAUGAGACCAAAUGCAAUUUGAUAUUUUCUUAGGAGGCAUCUUCCCGGAAUGUCCCACCCGUGAAAGAACAGAGAAACAAAACGUGCUUCCAUUAUAAAACUGCCAGCUGGCAUCAGAGAUUGCUUUCAAAAAUAAAAAGAUUUGCUCAAAAGUUAUUGGGAUAUCUUACUUUUUUUUAAUUAUUAAAAAAAUAUAGAAAAAGCCUUCGCCAGCUCAUCACCACCAUCAUCAUCAUCUCCUCCUUUAAAAAGAACCCUAGGGACUACUUCAUCGCCUUCUUUCGUUUCGCCUUUGAUCUAUAGCCUUUUUGUUUUUGCGUUUUCUUUCGAUCAGCUAAGUUUCGAUCCAUUCUUGUUCUCGCUUUUCAAAUAUCUUCUCCUCCUUCGCUUGAUUCCUUCUGUUCUCAGAUCUAUUCUUCGUUUGAUUUCAGAUCUAGAUCUAGGGUUUGUUCGAAUAAAAAUUGGGGGAAUUUGAAAAAAGAAGGAAUGAUUACAGAUUCUCUAUGAGCUACUCAGUUCUUCUUCGUCGUAUUCGCAUAGUACACUCUUUCUCCGUCGUUUAUCUCUACUACACCUACGUCUUCUCAUGAACUAAUCGUCUCCAAUCUCAUCUCAAAUAAAACAUUUCUGAGUUUUUUUUCUUUCCAUACAAUCUAAGCGAUUCUUUGAUAGAUUAGAGAGCGGCUGUGUGUGUAGAAUUUGGGGGUAAUUUAUAGGGAUUUAGAAGAAAAAAAUUAUAUUAUUUAAUUUUGGUGAGGAAAAAGUCAAAAAGUCAACGGAAAUGGGGUCGAAAAGUCCUGAUUCCGACAACGAUCCGCGGUACGCUUCCGUCACGGACGAGAGGAAGAGGAAGAGAAUGAUCUCCAACAGAGAGUCCGCUCGGAGAUCAAGGAUGAGGAAGCAGAAGCAGCUCGGCGAUCUAAUCAACGAGGUCACUGUGCUCAAGAACGAUAACGCUAAGAUCACUGAGCAGGUUGAUGCGGCGACGAGGAGGUACGUGGAGAUGGAGUCCAAGAACGAUGUCUUGAGAGCGCAAGAGGUGGAGCUGACGGAGAGGCUGAGGUCGUUGAACUCUGUGCUGGAGAUGGUUGAGGAGAUUAGUGGUCAGGCUUUGGAUAUUCCUGAGAUUCAGAACCCUUGGCAGAUUCCUUGUCCGAUCAUGCAAACCAAUCAUGGCUUCUGCUGAUAUGUUUGAAUGCAUUGUCUUGUCCGUUCGAGUUUUGUAACAACUAGAGUCAUUCGUGUGUGUCGUCUUUAUACAACUUCAGUCUCUUGUUUUUCAGUUAUUUCAGUUUGUGUGGUCUUGCGGUUGUCUUUUAUUCUUGUGUCGGCUUAUUACAUAAGAUAAGGUUGUCAUGUAUUUGUGUUUCUUAAUGAAUUCAAGCUUUGUGUUGUU